AUGACAGAGUCCACCAUGACAGAGACCACCAUGACAGAGACCACCAUGACAGAGGAGGAAGUAGAGGCGGGGCCUAACAGAGGGAGGGACGAGCAGAAGGACUUCAUCGCCAUCAUCAUCAUCAUCAUCAUCAUCAUUGUCAGUGUGGGUGGAGCCUCGGAGCUGGCCUUCCUCAAAGAGCCCAGUGAUGUCAUUGCGGUGAGGGACCGCCCCCUGACACUGGACUGUCAGGUGGAGGGGGAGGGGCCGAUCUCCAUCACAUGGAGACGAAAUGGCGUCCCCGUGGCGACUGGCGUUGGGGCGGCUUUGCUCGGCAACGGAACGCUGCUCAUCAAAAACUUCUCAAAGAGACGAGAAAGUAACGAGACGGACGCCGGAGAAUACGACUGUGCUGCUCAGAACCACUACGGCAGGUUGAUCAGCCGCAAGGCCCGGGUCCAGCUCGCAUCCCUCCCUAAAUUCAUGUCUCACCCAGAGUCUGUGGCAGUGGAUGAAGGGGGCGUGGCCAGACUCACCUGUCAGGUAAAUGGAAUCCCAGAAGCCAACAUCACCUGGCAGAGAGACCGACGCCCACUGAGCACCAAGCACCCCAGGUACACUCUGCUGCCUAACGGCGUGCUGCAGAUCACCGGCGUUCGAAGAACAGACAGCGGUUUGUUUCGCUGCAUCGCCUCAAACAUCGCCAACACUCGAUACAGCCACGAGGCCCAGCUGUCUGUCACCAUUGCAGGAUUCAGGAUCUACCGAGAACCCGUCAUCCUGUCCGGUCCUCAGAACCUCACCAUCAACCUCCACCAGACGGCCAUCUUGGAAUGCAUCGCCACAGGAAACCCCCGGCCCAUCGUGUCCUGGAGUCGCCUUGACGGACGCUCCAUCGGGGUUGAGGGGAUCCAGGUGUUGGGAACCGGUAACCUGAUGAUCUCUGACGCCACGUUGAAGCAUUCUGGAGUUUAUGUUUGUUCAGCGAACAGACCAGGAAGUAGAUCCAGAAGAACGGCCGUGGGACGCCUCGUAGUACAAGCUCCUCCAGAGUUCGUGCAGUGGCCUCAGUCUGUGUCCAGACCAGCAGGUGGCAGCUCUGUCUUCAGCUGCACGGCUACCGGAGCUCCAGAGCCGCAUCUCAUCUGGCUGAAGAACGGGAAACUACUGACACCGAGCAGCAACAUGAAGCUCACCAACGGAAACAC